UCCAGCUGGUGUAGCGAGCGUAUACAUAGAUAGCAUGUCGUCCAGUCUGGCAACAUUGCCGUGUUCCUCUCACCGCCAUGAAAAAGCAACCCAUAACCGGGUUCCAUGCACUCAAGUCGCACAUUUAUCUUCCCAAAUGCGUCAUUGCGGCGGAUGGAUACUCCAGUCAUCUGGAAAUCUCUUCCCAGACGUCGGUCGUGCGCAGUAUGAUAUGCCGCCAUCUGGCACCGACGUCUUCCAAGAAGCACGUUACCGACCGGCGUCGUCUUCGGAUCGGUUCGUCUGUUGGACACGAUCGAUUCACCGUGAGCUUUUGAUCGCAUACCGGGCCGUGACGACUUGACGAAUGGGUCAUCAGUUCCUCUCGUCCAUAAUAAUGACCUGCCAUCCAUGUCGCUGCACGUGCGUCCGGCGCUGGAUCGACGCAGGUAUUCUUGGGCAGCAGUGCGCGUGUUGUGCAUGGGUGGUGCCUGUCCAGAAGAGAUGAGAUGUAUUCUCCCGACGAUGCCCGAGGAACGAGCCGCCGUCGGAAGACUGCUUGUUGAAAGCGGCAAAGAACGAGAUUGCAUUGCCGACGACACUGACUCGGAAACUCGUCGCGUGAUCGCUGUCACCGCCAGCCAACUUUCUGACCGAGCAGCACAGCCUGAGAACAGCUUGCCU